ACAAUUGACAGCCCUCUUGAUGUUGUGAAUGACAUCGAUAACAUCAAAUUACUGUGGAAUUUUGCAUAAAUCGGCAUAAGCAACAGUAAGCACCAUGUCACGCUUCUUUGCCAACGGGUCUGACUCGGAAUCCGAGUCCAGCGAGGAGGAGGUACAAGCGCCAAACUUCAAUAAGGCCGCCGCCUUCCAAUUCAGUGAUGAUGAGGAGGAAGUCAAGCGUGUGGUUCGCUCCACCAAGGAGAAACGCUACGAGAACCUGACGAGCAUUAUUAAAACGAUUAGAAACCACAAGAAGAUUAAGGACAUGUCCAGCAUAUUGACCAGCUUCGAGGAUUUAACGCGUGCUUACCAAAAGGCUCUGCCUGUUAUCUCUAAGGAAGAAAACGGAGUCACGCCUCGAUUUUACAUUCGCAGCCUCGCCGAGCUGGAAGAUUUCAUUAAUGAAGUCUGGGACGAUAGGGAAGGCCGCAGAAACCUGUCAAAGAACAACUCAAAAUCACUGGGUACGCUGCGCCAAAAAGUGCGCAAGUACAUUAAAGAUUUUGAAGAGGAUUUAAGUCGCUUCCGCGAAGCUCCGGAUCAGGAAAGUGACGUCGAGGAAGAGGAAGCUCACGAUAGCGAUGCUGACCGUGCGGCUGAAGACAGUGAUGUGGGCGUACCCAAAAUUGCCGAAGCAGUGCCAAAAAUUCCGAAAGUAGCGCAAGCUAAGGCCCCCGCUGCUGAUGACGACGACUCGGAUGACUCCAUUGACUGGGACUCGGACACCGAGUCUGAGACAGAGUCAUCGGAAGACGAGAAUCAGUACCAAAACAUGCGCGAGCGUUUCUUGAAGCGCACCACCGAGAAGGAGGACAAAGAUGAUGAUAAGCGUAAGGACAAGCGUAAGGAACAGAAGACAAAGAUUCGCAAGCGUGCAGAGGAUGACGAAGAUGGUGAAUGGGAGACGGUGGUUAAGGGCCAUGUGGUUGAGAAGCCGAAAAUGUUUGAAAAGGAUGCUGAAAUCGACAUUCCUCUCGUACUGGCCAAGUUGGUAGAGAUAAUGUCGGCGCGCGGCAAGAAACGCACCGAUCGCCGCCUGCAAAUCGAUUUGCUCUUCGAACUUCGUGACAUUUCCGAACAGCAUCAGCUAGGCACAGCCGUUUCUGUGAAGAUUCACUUCAGCAUCAUCUCUGCUAUCUUCGACUACAAUCAGAAGAUUUCGGAACCCAUGAAACUAGAGCACUGGGCACUGCUGCUCGAGGUAAUGCAAAGCCUGUUAAAGAUACUAUUGGUCAACCCAGAUAUCAAUAUGAGCGAGAACGUAGCCGAGGAGCACGAAGAGUUUACUCAAGCACCUUUUUAUGUGCGUGGUUGCCCACUGGCCGCUGUUGAGCGUUUGGAUGAUGAAUUCACUAAGCUGCUAAAGGAAUGCGAUCCCCAUUCGAACGACUAUGUAUCGCGUUUAAAGGACGAGGUGAAUGUGGUCAAGAUCAUCGAGCUGGUUCUGCAGUACUUUGAGCGCGUGGGUAACAACAACGAACGCUGUCGCAUAUACUUGCGUAAGAUUGAGCAUCUCUACUACAAAUUUGAUCCCGAUGUGCUGAAACGCAAGCGCGGCGAGCUUCCCGCUACCACUAAUACCUCUGUGGAUGUCAUGGAUCGAUUAUGCAAGUUUAUCUAUGCCAAGGACGAUACGGAUCGUAUACGUACGCGCGCUAUUCUGGCACACAUUUAUCACCAUGCCAUGCACGACAAUUGGUUCCAAGCUCGCGAUUUGGUACUUAUGUCGCAUCUGCAGGACAACAUUGAUGCUGCAGAUCCCUCAACUCGCAUUCUCUACAACCGCAUGAUGGCCAACUUGGGUCUGUGCGCCUUCCGUCAGGAGAACGUAAAGGAUGCCCAUCACUGCCUGGUCGACCUCAUGGUCACAGGCAAGCCUAAAGAGCUGCUCGCCCAAGGUUUGUUACCGCAGCGCCAACACGAGCGAUCCGCCGAGCAAGAAAAGAUUGAAAAGCAACGCCAAAUGCCAUUCCAUAUGCACAUCAAUCUGGAGCUGCUUGAAUGCGUCUACUUGGUGUCGGCCAUGCUGUUGGAGAUCCCCUAUAUAGCAGCGCACGAAUUUGAUGCUCGUCGUCGAAUGAUCAGCAAGACGUUCUAUCAACAACUGCGCUCGUCAGAGCGCCAAUCUCUCGUGGGUCCACCGGAAUCGAUGCGCGAGCAUGUGGUUGCGGCCGCAAAAGCCAUGCGCUGUGGUAACUGGCAGGCAUGUGCCAACUUCAUUGUCAACAAGAAGAUGAACACUAAGGUGUGGGAUCUGUUCUAUGAGUCAGAUCGCGUGCGUGAGAUGCUCGUGAAAUUCAUAAAGGAGGAGUCCCUGCGAACCUAUCUCUUUACUUACUCCAAUGUGUACACCUCGAUCAGCAUUCCAUCGCUGGCGCAAAUGUACGAGCUGCCCGUGCAAAAAGUGCACUCGAUCAUUAGCAAAAUGAUUAUUAAUGAGGAGCUGAUGGCCAGCUUGGACGAUCCUUCGGAAACGGUAGUUAUGCAUCGCUCCGAGCCAUCACGUCUGCAGGCUUUGGCCAUGCAAUUCGUGGAUAAGGUUACGAAUCUUGUCGAUGUCAACGAGAAGAUCUUCGAUAUGAAGCAGGGCAACUUCUUCCAACGUGGCAACAUGGGCAACCGGGACCGUGGCUACAACCGCAAUCAGAACAAUCAGGGUGGCAAUUGGGGCGGCCAGCGCCGCGAUAAUCGCAAUCAACGCAAUCGCAAUCAGCGCGGACACCACAAACAACAACAGCAGCAGCAACAACAACAAGUUCAAACUAUCGACGAGGAGUAGACUUCAUUGCUGCUUAGGUGGGCUUAAUAAAAACAAAUUCGCUUAUUAUAUCAAACCUAGCUAGAGAUGUUGCAAAUGCACUGGUGUCAGAAAUGGAGGCGAUGGAGAAUUGCUUGUGACAACUGUGUCCAGACCCCCGGGUGGGUUCAAAGCCCAUCCGGGGGUCGACAUCAAAUAAAUACCUUCGAAGUUCUUUUAUCUUGACAUCAUUGCCGCCUGUGUCGGAGUCCAAUUUGCGAUUCUGUGAAUUUGUUUUAACGCUCAUUGUAUUUAAAAUCGAUCUAAAUUACGUUUUGUAUGAAAUUAAUUCAAAUAAAUUAAUAAAAACGCA